AUUUAAUUAACUGAUUUAUCAAUGUAUUUUCUGUAAAAUUGGAACACAUUAAAAAUAAUAACAGUUCAAUUUCCCUAUUUUAUAAUGUCAAGCAAUACUAUCCCUUCCCAAGACACCCCAAGUGGACUAACUCAUAACACUGAAACUAAUUUUCCAACAUCUAUUUACAUACAUUUAAAUUAAUAAUAGAAAUUAGGCAAAAUUAAUUUCAUUGAACACAGAUCACUGUGCCAAAAUGAGUUUUCUGCAUUCCAUUUGGCUAUCACUGACUAUAACCUGCAUAGGUACUUUUUUUUUUAUCAAUUUCAAUUAUGACUAGAUCAGGUUAGUAAAGUGGACAGGUAGAGUGAAUGUUGGGUAAUGAUUUGCCAGCUGCUGUGAGUAAAUACAGAACAUCUAACAUCCCCCGCUGAGUAGUUGGACUGCAACAGAGCUCGGAGGAGCUUGGUGCAUGCAGAACCAUCAGGCUGUGCAUUCUUUAGCCGGGGACUAAUUUCCAGUCCUCCACUUGGGUCUGGGUAAACAGCACCGCCCCGAUGGUUGUUUGUUUUAAGUGUGGAACGAUCCAUCGCACAGCGCCGGGCUCGAUUGACACUGUCUGCUGAUCUGCUACUGCGGAUUGCUCAGAAUAACAAGGCUGCUCGCUAAUUCCCGUCUAUCGGGGCUUUCGCCGAAACACCGAGAGAGUAGGGUCCAAAAAAAAAUAUCCAACAGGGCAGGCAAGAACGCCGCGCCGUCGUUGUCCGCACCCCAGAAUGGCUUCGGGAGAUCUUUACGAGGUGGAGCGGAUUGUGGACAAAAGACGAAACAAGAAAGGGAAGUGGGAGUACCUAAUCAGAUGGAAAGGUUAUGGAAGUAAGGAGGACACCUGGGAACCAGAGAAUCACCUGCUGCAUUGUGAGGAGUUCAUUGACCAGUUCAACAGUUCGAGACGUCAUUCGCACAAACGACCUAAGGUCCCCAAAAAUCCCGGAGAGCCCCUCACAACCAGCCAACCUACAGUGACAGAAACCUCCAGGGCAAGGUCGGAGGCCCGAAAGAAGAAAAGGACUAGUGGUCCAGCUGUGGGGAUGAGAGUUGGAUCAGUUUUAGGGAUUGGAGGUUUUUCAGGGCCCACUCAGAAACAGAAAAAAGUAGGCGCUGGAGCUGGGAAACAUCCUUUAGAAGAGAGAAUGAGUAAAGCCAUGACAUACAAGGUUCAUCCAUCAAGUGGGCCUCACUGUAUUGCCCCAUUGAGGGUUCCUCAUAAUGGACUUCAGAAUGGGGAGAUGGAUCCACUUAUGUAUAGUACAGCAGCAAGGUCACAUAGACUGCCCUCAGAUAGGGUGGAGACAGAACUAGGACAAAAAGAUACCACUGGAACACAGUUCACUACUGAACUAGGCUCCCCUCUAGCCAAUGGGAAGAUACAUCUGCACAGCUCAGUAAAGCGGAAGUUGGCAGAGGAGAAAGGCUACGUGUUUGACAAGCGGCUCAGGUACAACGUGCGACAGAACGAGAGCAACUGUCGAUUCAGAGACAUUGUGGUCAGGAAGGAGGAAGGCUUUACGCAUGUCCUGCUCUCCAGCCAAACCACAGACAGCAAUGCUCUAACACCAGAGAUCAUGAAGGAAGUCUCUCGAGCUUUGGGGAAUGCAGCUGCUGAUGACAGUAAGCUGUUACUCCUCAGCUCUGUCGGGACAGUUUUCUGCAGUGGCCUGGAGCCCUCCUACCUCAUUGGCCGUUUGUCCACUGACCGCAGAAAAGAGAGCAGCCGAAUCGCAGAAGCUGUACGGGACUUUGUGUUGGCAUUUAUCCACUUCAAGAAGCCUAUUGUGGUGGCAAUAAACGGGCCUGCUUUGGGUUUGGGUGCAUCCAUUCUGCCUCUGUGUGAUGUUGUUUGGGCUAGUGAGAGGGCGUGGUUCCAAACGCCAUGUGCAGCCCUGCACCUCACCCCCUCUGGAUGCUCCUCCUACACCUUCCCCCAGAUUCUGGGUGUAGCUUUGGCCAAUGAGAUGCUGUUCUGUGGAAGGAAACUCACAGCACAGGAAGCAUGUAGUCGAGGUCUGGUGUCACAGGUCUUCUGGCCAACCACAUUUAACCAAGAGGUGAUGCUGCGUGUGAAGGAAAUGGCAUCAUGUAAUGCAGUGGUUUUAGAGGAGUCUAAAUGCUUGGUGAGGAGCAUCCUCAUCCCAGUGCUAGAAGAAGUGAAUGAGAAAGAGUGUCAGAUGCUAAAGCAGCUGUGGUGUUCCACCAAAGGACUGGAGGCACUCUUCAGUUACAUGCACAGUAAGACCACUGAAAAGUAACCAUACAGAGUCUGAAAGGGGGAAUCCGAUCUACCCGGGUCUGAGGCUGUCUGGGCAGGGACGUCCAAGACGAGAAUGCUGUGAUUUCCAUCUUUACCGAGGGUUUUUUGUUCCAUCCACCAUAGAAGAGUUUCUGGACUUUUGUCUACUUGUGUCUCUAAAAACAAAAUAAAUCUCCAGAUUGUCAUUUUUUGAAUCAGAGCUUUUUAUUUGGACCCACUGUAUAAUAAUGUCCAUGUUCCUUAUGUAGCCAAAGCAGUUGGGGCCAGCUGUACAUCACUUAAAACCAGGGGACUAUCAUCAGGAUAUCUCACUGGACAUGAUAAAGGAAUUAUAUAUCUUAUUAAUAUAUUCAUAUAUUUAUUUCAGAUUUAGAAACGUUUUUUGGUUUUGGUUUUUUCUGUGAAUGAGAUGCAUCUUUUUGGUUUUUCUUAUACUCACUUGAGUUGAAGGGUAAGCUGAAGUUUGGUUGAACGAUCUGUUCUUUGGUUCUUGGCAUGCACUUUCACCUUCACUCCCCAUUUAUGAACUGAAAUCUGAAAACUCCCUACUGUUGCCGGUAAAUCAGUCCGAGUGAUUGUUCAAGACUACAGGUCAAAAAGUGCCACAAUUUAAUGAAAAUAUUAUUAAAUGAUGACCUAAAUGUGUCAAUAUGUAAAAUUGAACACAAGUAUAUAAAUAUUUCAACAAAUACAGCUAAGUCUGUAAUUAUUCAUACUUCUGAGAGAUUUACAGUUAAAAUUAUUUUUAUUCAACCAGUAACCAGUUUGUUUCAGAAAAUGAGGUGUACCAGCAGCAAAGUAACAAGCAAAAUGGAAACAUGCAGAUUCACACAAAGGUUUUUUUUAAAUCACAUUUUAACAAAAACCUGUCAUAUCUUAAAUUUAUUUUGACCAUUUUCAAUCAGCAAUUAAAAAGUCUUAAUAGGCAUUGCAGCAAUUAAAUCCUUGUUGUAACUGCAGAUCAGCUUUUUGCAUGUUUCUUCUGGUAUUUUGACGAUUUUUGUGAUGAGCUCCAAGUCUUCAACUUUGGAAGGCCUCCUUCCCAUCACCCUAACCCUUACCUCCCUCAACGGAUUAUAGCUAGUAAGAAAAAAACUUAGUCAAAAACAAAUAACUCAAAUGUAAUUGCGUUAGUGGUAUGAAUUAUUUUGGGUUUAACUGUGCAAAGAAAUCUUCAAUCAACGUUUCUCUUCUUUUUACCCAGAAAAAGACAGCCAAUGGUACAGUUUCAGUUUAUAUAAACAUGAAAGGGGUAUUAGGGUAUUUUCUUUAUUAUUGUUUGAAUUAACAUUAACCAAAUUUUACCAAAAUCUUCUAAAUCUGAAAAAGUAGCCAUAAAGUACACUAAAGUCUGACACAAUUUGUCCAACUCUCUUAUAGCUGUGCUUACAAUACAUUGCCUCAAUGAAUUAUUUGUGUAGUGUUGCAGUUUUCAGUUAAGAGAAUGUGCUAAGUGUGUGACGUGUGGGUUAUUUGGAAGAUGUGAGUAUAGUGGUUAAGAUUUUUAAUUGCCUGACACUCAAUACUUGUUAACUUUAUGGUGAAUAAAAAAAAAAACCUUUGUCUUAAAAUGUCUGUAAAAAUGUCAAAAUAAAACGUUCGUGUCACUUGAGCCAGCCUGGUCCUGAUCUGCAUGUAAAGAUUUGAGGAUUUCAUUGAAUAUAAUAUUUUACAUAGGGUAUUAUAUUAAGGGAUCUAUUUUUUUUUUCUUACCAAAGUGUAUGCGUAUGUAGGUCUGUGUAAGGCGUUUCUUAAGAGAUGUCAAUGAUUUUGAAGUGAAGAGCUAUUUGCAUGUAAUAUAUCGUAUUGUACUUCAGGGUAUGUUUUUGUAGCAUUGUAAUUAUUUUUGUAUUUAUUUUAGAUAAUAAAUAAGGUGGUGAAGUGUCAUGUGACUUCCCUUUGCUUUCAGUAGCACUACGACACUUUUCAUCAGUCUUAUGUCCCAGAUAUAAUGGAUAAAUUCAGAGUAAAAACUGAUUUUAAAAAACCCUUUGUGUCAUCUAAUUAUUUUAUCGUAAAUGAUUAGAGGCAUGCCAAAUAUUUAUCAUUUUUUGUGUUUUACUGGGAUGCUAAUUGUGUGUGUUUAUCCCAAGUGAGAGACAUUGCAGGACAGACAUUUUUCCAGAUUUUGCUUUAACAAGUAACUCCAAAGUGAUUGAAAGAGCUUUUAAUCAGAUUUGGUCAUUUUAUUGUCAUUAGGUAUUCAUGCAUUUACUACGACUGUAAAUAUCAGAAAACAGCCCUGAGAUUAAGCAAGCUGGACUCUCAUGCUGUGACUACUGUAUAGUGUCUGUGAAUGUAAAUCACUACGUUCUGGUGACUUGCAACCACACUGAUUCUCUAAAACGGGGUUUUUUCCUAUUUAUGUCUUUUAUUUAUUUUGUGUUAUAAAUGUAUCUAAAUGUGUCCAUUUAGUUACAUAUUUAGGACUCAAGAUCUAAAUUAUUGUCAUGUGCUUAAAUUGCUUGAUAAUUCAGGUGUAUCAGUUGUUACUUUAGCCACAUUAUUGAUCAUAAAUGACCGGAUUCAGAA